AUGCUUUCCAGUCCAUUUUCUCCCCUCUCUUUUUCUUCAAUUUAAAAAGGAACAUUGCAUUUAUGGUGCAUUUUGGUGCAUUGCAAUGUGUUUUUGAUGCGUUUUACCACGUUACAGUACAGUUUUGUGUAGUAAAAAUGCAGCCUUUUCUACUUUUUUUUCUACAUCCGGAACGCACUGGAACUGCAAGCACUGAUGUGAACUAUGACAUUGACAACCAUAUAACCUACUUCUUGUGCAUUUUGGAUGCAGAAAAAAGCAACUGAAAUGCAUGUAGUGUGAACUGGCUCAAAGCGUGGGCGUCUGGCUAGGACA